AACGAUAUAGCCGAACAACUCUUUCCUAAUUGCGGGGGUAUUCUAAUUCUUCACCCAAAAUCAACACAACUUUUACUCCACUGUAAUCAGAUAAAACGAUGGCGCACGCAAAAGGUGCGGUAGAAGUGGCGAAGACCGUCGUUGAAGUAGCGGAACUUGCGUGGUCUGCCGCCGAACUCCUCCACCACAAGAACCACAAUUCCGAUGAAUCCGCCGCCGAAGAUGUUGAAGAUCUUCGUAGAGAGAACAAGCGUUUGAAGGAAUUACUAGAGCAGAAUUUGAAGCUUCUUCAGAAUAUUUCUUCUUCUCCUUGUUUUCUCAAAGAUUGCCCUUCCGAUCUGCACGAACGCCUUGUAGCGGCUGUAGAUUCUAAACACUUCUUGACUCAACUCCAAUCUAUGCGUGAUGGAAUUGCAAAGGAGUUUCCUUUUAAAGAGCCUACAGGAGAAGACUUGGAAGCUGUUGAAAUUCUAAUCAAUGUUGACCAAGAAGAACCCAGUUGGUGGGUGUGGGUCACUGAAUCUAUGGUUCCUGGAACCACUGAGGAACGCAGUGGUAUAGAUGACGAAAAUUAUGUUGUAAUAUGUGAGGAACAUGUGGUGGAUGGUGUUGCUAAUUUUAUUGCUCGAUGCAUCGUGUCUAAUCCAAAGUUGCAGAAAUUGACUCCCGAGCAACUACAGAAAACUGUGACAGGUUCACUUGAUGGAAUGAAUAAGGUUGAGAGGAUGUUGAGUAUAUGGCAUGCUGGGAAGCUGUUCUAUGCCCUUUCUACUUGGGGACUCGCUCUAGCAGGGUUGUACCAAAGUCGUGCUGUGCUGAAACUUGCUGCCCAGGGUGUACACCAUACUUCUAAACUUGUACUGAAGUCCUUAUGAUUCUAUGAAGAUUAACGUCACAUCUUAAACUAGUGUGUUUAUUUGUUUUUGUUCACUAAUCAAAAUGUAAAUAGUUGUAAAUAACAUUGAUAUGGUGUUGUCAUGUUAUUCUCUUUGAAAACUUGGAUGCACUUUGUUUAUCUGAUAUAACUUUGUUAUCUAAGAUCUAUGAAGAUUACCGACAUAUCUUCUUAAACUAGUGUGUUUCUUUGUUUUGUUCACUAAUCAAAAUGUACAUAGUUGUAAUUACCAUUGAUAUGAUUUCGUUACGUUAUUCUCUUUGGAACACUUCUAUGCACUUUGUGUUUUUAAUAGUAUAACUUUGAAAUCGAA